GCUUUUCCCUGCCCCACAGUCACUGCUUCCAGUGCUUGUCACUAGUGAGCGUGUGGCUCUCAAAAUAUUCAUUCUUUGCAAACAUUAAUCGGGUCAUUCCCUUAUCAGGCCAUAAAAGUUGGUCAUACAAAAUUAUUAUGACAAGAGCCAGGCUGCUUACAAGUAUUAUGGCCAACUUUUUUUGUGUACUUAUUUACUUACUUUACAAUGACAUGGUGAGUGUUUAAGUAAAAAUCUACGCAUAUCUUCAGAUCCUCUCAGUUUCUCAUUAGUUAAAAACCCACUCAUUAGGAAGAGCAAAUUCCCCAGACAAACACAUCAGCUGUUGUAAUUUGUUCCACCAAAGUUUACUGCUGUUCACUGGUUUCACAGAGGUGAAGAGGAAAGCAGAAUAAACUGAACAUCAGACCACACUUCCAGAAGGGAAAGGCUGUAAAAAGUCUUUCUGAACAUUUGAAAUUAGACAUUUUUUCCAAGAUCAGUUUUUGUGGCUUCCUCUUUUUGCAAAGAGUAUAACAUUAAAAAAAGGGAAUUGAGCCUGAAGAUAUCCCUUUGUCAUCCUAUCUGUCAGACAUUGGAAAGUUUAUCUCUAAUUUUUGUAUUCAAGGAUACACCACAACAAUUGCCCAGUAAACAACACACCAUGGAUCUUUGGAUCAGGUGGCUGGCAGUCACUGUGCUGCUUACAAUGGGUGAUGAGCAGCUGCCAAAGCAGGCACAGGCUCCCCUGCUUCUGCACAAGCCCUUUGUGGUGGUUUGGAAUGCGCCCACUGAGCAAUGCCGGCUGCGGUACAAGGUGGACCUGGAUCUCAGCAUCUUUGACAUCGCAUCAAACACCAACGAGACUCUGAGUGGAUCCAAUGUGACAAUCUUCUAUCACACUCAUUUGGGAUAUUACCCCUACUACUCAGAUAACGGCGACCCUGUGAAUGGAGGAGUGCCUCAAAAUGAAAGUCUUAUCAAGCACCUUAAUAAAGCAAAGUCUGACAUUGACUAUUGCAUACCCAUGAAGAAAUUUCAUGGACUUGCAGUCAUUGAUUGGGAAAACUGGAGACCCCAGUGGGAUAGGAACUGGGGCAAUAAAAGCAUUUAUAGAAAUAAAUCUCUUGAGAUGGUUAGGCAACGGCAUCCACAGUGGUCAGAGGACAAAAUUAGGAAAGUAGCUAAAGAGGAAUUUGAAAAUGCAGGCAAGAGUUUUAUGAACAACACUAUCCUUCUGGCUGAACACAUGAGGCCAAAUGGUUUGUGGGGUUACUAUCUUUACCCGGACUGCUACAAUUAUGAUUACAAAGAGCACUGGCAAACAUACACAGGAAAAUGCCCAGCCAUUGAAUCUUCUCGCAAUGAUCUCCUUCUUUGGCUUUGGAAGGAAAGUACUGCUCUCUACCCUUCAAUAUAUCUGGAUUAUAUACUGAAGUCAAGUCCAAAUGCACAGAAAUUUGUUCACUAUCGGGUUAAAGAGGCAAUACGUGUUGCCUCAAUUGCUAGAAAAGACUAUGUUUUGCCUGUUUUUGUUUACUCCAGACCAUUUUAUGCCUAUACUUUUCACGUUUUAACAGAGAUUGAUCUGGUUAAUACCAUUGGUGAAAGCGCAGCUUUAGGAGCAGCUGGAGUUGUUCUCUGGGGCAGCAUGCAAUAUGCCAGCUCAAAGGAGAGCUGUUCCACUGUGAAGCAGUACAUUGAUGGACCCUUAGGACAUUAUGUCAUUAAUGUGACCUCAGCAGCCAAACUCUGUAGCAAAGUCCUGUGUAAGAAGAAUGGAAGAUGCAUACGCAAAAACAGCGACUCCUCUGCGUACCUACAUCUGCCACCCAGCGAUUUCAAGAUUCGAGCCCGUCGCUCAGGGAGGGGCCCACGAUUGCAGGUGACUGGUGAACUCAGCCUGGAGAACAUAGAAGCCAUGAGGCAGAGGUUCAUGUGUCAGUGUUAUCAAGGAUGGACGGGAAUAUUUUGUGAAUUGCCUGACCAAAGUGUAAUGGAGCACUGUGUUCACACUGUGUUCAGCAGAUCAAGAAAACAGAAGCUUUAUGUCUUCCUCUUAGGAGCCAUGCAGAUUUUUCUCCUUUAUACUGCAUACUAAACUCUUCUGGGGCAGUGCAAAGAAAUCAGAAAUGGUGCCACUUGGACUUACAUUUUUUUUAGCAAGUCUUUAUUACAAAGAGGAAAGAUGUUGUUUGAAUAGAUUUAGUCAGUCUUGUUCAUAUCCCAGUUCUUCUGAAAGAGCUUCAGGCAUUAAACAUUUUUUUUAGUAGCCCCUUCUUUUUGAUCAGUUCAUUUACUUACGUUUUAAGCAGAUAAACCUUUUGUUGCUACAGUGGAAAUUUUACCUGAGUAAAACUGUUGAAUAACAUGGUACCAGGAUUCAUCCAUGUAGAAACUUAAAAAAGGACCCAGAACCUCUUUGCUCUGGGGUUGAAUGAUUUAAUAUAGUUUGAUGAGGAAGAGUUUUCAUGUAGACCAAGGAGCCCAAACCAUUCUCUGCAGCUCUUGCUGAAGUCAAACGGCAUUUUGCAUGAGCAGCAUCACAGUGCUCAGACUCACAUCCAUCACAACUCACUGCUCCCAAUAUUUCUGCGCAGAAUGUGUAUUUUGGUGUUUUAAGGCCUGAUUUGCAUCUUGUUACUUUGAGAAAUAUCUAUAUUUCCGGUGGUAGUUUUGUGCCAUCAGUUACAAAGGUACUGUUUGACUGAAAAUCUCUGCAAUUAACAGUCAUUGGGUCAAAUGCUCAUUUCCCAUAGCACCUGACAGCUAGCAGAACAUACACACGUUUAGGUCAGAGGUUGCUGAGCAUGGAGAGAUGCUGGCACACUGCAGCAUUCCUGCAAAGGCAGACCUUUCCUCUGAGCCCUUGGGAAACAGGCAGCCUCACACCUUCUCUGCCUUGCUGCUUAGUGUCACUGCUCCCCUGGUGCUGCUUCCUGCUCUGCUGUUGAUAUGGGCCUUAGAGAUAGCUAUAGUGUUUGGGUCGCUCUGUAAUGACUUGUGCUAAGAAGCUGCAGGAGGCGUGUGCCACAGAGCUUUCCAUUUUCAGCAAGUGCAAUGGAUAACAGAAAAAUGAAGGUAAAAUCUUCCUUGUUUUUGUGUGAGAGAAGAUGGAUUAAAGUUUAGAAGAAAAAAAGCUAGGAUUCAUUUUACCCCCUUAAGCCAACCGGGUGAAUAUGCUUUAUGGUCACCUGUAAGAGCUUUUCAUUUUGGUAUACUAUCUCUUUUCUAUGUAUGGAAAUGCAAAAAACAUCAACCUUUGAAUUACAGAGCUUAAAUGAUCAGUAGGAAAGCCAUAUAACAAGAAAGAAAUAGAGCUACUUCAGCUGGGUAUUAUACCCUACAAAAUGUGGCUGCAUGUUCUGAGCAACUAAAGAAAAGGUUGGGAUUCAUUUUGUUCUACUCUAUUCUGAUGGGCUGAUGAGUGGGGCCGCAGUCUCAGUGUGACAUCAAUAUCAGCCAUAGAUGCCACUGACAUCUUCCCAUUCCCAACCUUUUCUUUCCCUUUCAUGUUUGUAUCAUUGUGUGUUCUCCCCUUACUUCUGUUUGGGUACCUUCAGUGGUCUGGGAUGGGAAGACAUCCAUCUCAAAAACCAAAAAAGAUAGAUAGCCCCACAGUGCAUGUUUUCAAAGCUGGGUUAAUUCCUCAAUCUGACUCACAUCAUGACUGAGCCCAGGAUAAGGAAGUAGGCAAAACCCAUAGGGAAGUGGUAGUAAUGCUGCAAAUAGAGUUGUGCUACUUAAGACAAUAUACCAUGAGUAAUUACCCUUGGUAGGAAGGCGGCAGCAUCAGUUGUGGUUCACCCAGCCCAUCUUGUGGAGGUCCACAUCACACUGUCAGCUCCUGGAGCAGCUCAGGAGCUCUGUGUGGGACAUGGGGUAGCACACGGCCCAAGGAAGGUGCACUGAGCAGCUGGGGCACCCGCUGGGCUCGUGGAACAGAGAGCUCCCCAUGCCAGCCCAGAUGUUGGUGCCUCACCAAAUCCCAAAGUCAGUGCAUGAACCUCACCUGGAACAGGGAAAUUCAGAGAAUGUGAAUGUUACAUUGAAUAAUAUUAAUAAUUUUAAUCAAAAUUUAUACUUUCUAAAGUCUCAUUUUGCCAGAGUCUUUAAGAUGAAAACAGAAGAGAAAUUCUUGCUGGCUGAAUGUAAUCAUCCCAGCAUUUCUGUGUUUCAAUGGCUUUCUCCAAAUGCAACACUCUCCUGAACUCAGUGGAUCUGUAAAAACGGGAAGGAUAAUGCUAGAGGAAAAAACAUUAGAGGCCCUCACAGACAAAACUAACAGAAUGAAAUCUCAGCUUUGGACAGCUGUGCCUGAAUAAAUGUGUACAUAUAUAUUUUUUUCUGUGUUAAAAUCAUGGAAUCAUAGAAUCAUAGAAUGGUUUGGACUGGAAGGGACCUUUAAGAUCAUGUAGUUCCAACCCCCUGCUAUAGGCAGGGACACCUUCCUCUAGACCAGGCUGCUCACAGCGCCAUCCAGCCUGGACUUGAAUGCUUCCAGGAAGGGAUCAUCCACAGUCUCACUGGGCAACCUGUUCCAGUGUCUCACCACCCUCACAGUAAAGCAUUUCUUCCUAAUAUGUAGACUAAAUCUACUCUCAAGAGGAUAAUGAACUCUGUUUCCCCUCCAGCACCCGCAGCUUCACGUACUCCUUCUUAAAACAAAGUUAAAAAAGCAAAAAAAAAAAAAAAAGACUUAAAAAUUGCUUCAGUUCGGCACCGGAGGCAGUUGGUGUGAGCAGUGAACUAAAAUUGCACAUCAUGUGCAAUAAGAAAAUGUAUGAAAAGAUUUUGCCAAAGAAACUUUGCUGCACUUACGGCACUGUGGCAGGCACAACUCCUCCUGUGUUUACGUAUCAGGAAAAGUAAUUUCCCGUCAAUCUGUGCCAGACACAGGGUGGGAGUAUUUGCAAACACAGGUUACUCUAAAAAUAAGUUGGAAGUGAUGUAGUUUUGUACUCUUCGAAGAAUGAUACAGCCCGGGAACCGUACAGCUUCGCAGAGAUGAAAAUCCCGUCUUAAAAAAUAAUCAGAGCAAAACAAUGUCACACACUGCUUAAUGAGCUUAAAACCACGAGCUUGUCCUCGCUCAGCAGUGGCACCGCACGUUCUCCACAUACCACUGCAUGCAACAAUAAGGGGCAUUUGGAGGUCAAAUUAGGAAAGGGGGGACUUUUUGGUAGCUUCAGAAAGUCAGUGUGUGUUUGGGAUUUAACUCUGCUGCUUUUAAUAGCUGCAGCACACCUGUAUAUGCCCUGUUAGGGUCGCCAGAAGAGUUCCAACGCAGCAUUUCUACAAUUCAGUGAAUUUACCUUUUAACAGGUAAUAAGGAAGCAAGGGGGUAUGUGUGUGUUAGUAUACACAUGUGUGCAUGUACGAAUGAACAUCUGUGUGUGCAUGCUGUGACACGUGUCUGUCCGUGUCUGUACAUCUGAGUUUGCCCCAGAAGGAGCAGAGCAGUGAGGAGAGGCACAAGGCUUUGUGUGUUCUGUCUCGUGGGAAGGAGCUGUAGGCCGUUGCAUAACCUUAUAGCUUGGCACGUAUGGCCCCGCUGAGGUGCAGAUUAUGUCCAUUAUGUAACCGCGUUUAUACAGGAAGCUGACAGCAUCUAAAAAGCUAAAAAUAAGCAGACUUCUGUAAUUUCAAGGGACAAUAUCUUAAACUUCUCUCAAACAACAGAAACGGUCUUUUUAGACCUUUAGUUUUGGCCUAGGAUGAUAUUUUAUCACACUGGCAGCCUGUUUUCUCUGAGAGAGGCAGAGCUCCUUUCCCAUUUUUCCAUUACAGCAUAGAUUCUUCUGGUUUUUAUUUAAGGCACUGUCUUCUGUCUGUGAGAAGCAAAGCAGCCCGGAGUAUUGGUUCUGCUUUUUCUCCUCAGACAGCCAAGCAGUCUGACAUUUUUGGCCAGCUUGUGGAAAAAUGACAUUUGUUUGCACGAUAGUAAUAAACAUCCCAGUAGAUUAGGCAGCAGAUUAUCCAGAGCGUUUUUUUGCACUGCUUGUUCAAAUGCUGGGCUCUGAGACAGAAAAAAAAAAACCCGUUUUCUUUAGUCCUUAAUGAAGUUGCUUCUUACUUUGUCCAUGGGUUCAUUUGCCCAAUAUUUCCCUCAGAUAGGAGAGCAUUAUGCUAUGGAAACCCUAUGGAACCAAUAUGUCAGUCCCUGACUGCAGUAGGGGCAGUGCUGUACAAGGAGGGCAGCUCAUUUUCCCAUGCUGAUAUUUGCCUUCCAUUUCUGUUUCUAAUCUGUUCUCCCCUCCCCCCAUCCCCUCACCUUAUAUAGUUGCGUAUAUCUCACCACGUAGAGUGAAAGUGAACUGAAAAAUAUUUAUGGAUGCUGGGGGAGUCCAGCAUUUCUUUUCUGCCCAGGGUUCCUGCAGGACACGGUAGAACAGUUAACUCUGACCUUCCUCCUGCCUCUCAUCACCCUCAUCAGGCUGCAGUGGGAGCCAGGUACAAGCUGUCUGUAGUAUGGAGGCAGAGCCAGCAUGUGCCACCUUGCUUCUCUGUCACAUGUAUCUCCAGACUUGGUGGAACUGAGCAAUACACAAAGGUCCCACAAAGUCAUUGAGCCAGCGAUGAUGGCCACAUUGGGUUUAAUUUGUACAGGCAUAAACUGAAGGCCUGUGAAAGCUUUACAAACAAGUACUCUUCUUAAGUCUCUGCACUGAACUUUGUUUUGUGGAAUUUAGACAAAUAACAGUUGUUUUUAACCUAGAAGGAGGGAGAAAUAAGUCAAACUCUUCCUGGGCCCCUGUAGCAAUUCAGGCACUGGUGUAUCUCGGUCUGGAAGGAACUUACAUGUUGCUGCAUUCAUACCUCAGCAGCAAUACUCAGCUUUGAGUGCACUUGGUUCAAAUCCUGAUAAUAAAUUGACCUGAUUGCAGUGAAGGUGCUAACCGGAGUGGUCAUUACCCUGCUUUUGAUUGUAAGUACUCAAUCUGUGAUUUUCCAGAAUGCAAUCUCCUAUUUAUCUUGUUGUGCUCCUACAGGGACAUAACCCCAUCUGAUUUAAGAUGGUGUAUGAUCAUUGAUUUGCAGUAGCUGAAAAUCAGACAUGAAAUAUUCAUGCAUGCUUUGUUCAUCGUCAGAUUUUUCCUUUCAGGCUGGCACUGGUCCAUUUGUUCCUAGCACCCACCAGCUGCUACAGGGAUGGUCUGCAGUAAUUCCUUAAAAUAGCAAAUAUCUUAAAAUACUCUAAAAAACAGCAAGUCAUAUGGCUGCAGAUGAUGGAUAGGCUGCACUGGGGCAUCACUACAGAGUGAGGCUCAUUAGGUUUGUUCUAAGUCCCCUGUUCGAAUCCAACCCUGACACGAGGCUUACCAAGGUUUACAUGACUCCCGUCUUAAAAUAAUUGCAAUAAUCCCUUGCACUGGCAACACUGAAUUGUUGUGUUUCCUCCAACAAUAACAUUUAGUUCUAAUGAAAUACUCAGCUGGGGGGGUUGGGAAUGAAUCAAAUGCCUUUUUAAAUUCUUGCUGUUGCAUUACAGUUAUUCUGUAGGAGUGGGAAGAAAGGAAUGUCGCCUGAGCCCGCGGGCGCUGGGUGCAAGUUGGAAUCACUUCUGUGUGUGGGGGUGUUCUGCACAGUCCAGGGGUCUGAUCUUACCCCAGUGUAAAUGUAAAGAAACUCUGCUGGGGCUUGCAGGAAACCUGGUGGGAGGAAAAGUAGCUCCCUCCCGUUGUGCAGGGUAACCUUUUGUUUUAUUUCUGUGAGAAUGAUCAGAACAUCAAGCACUGUUUGUUUUUUGUCUUUCAGUUAUGACUUACCUUACAAUUGAAUUAGGAAAAUAGACUGAGAGGAAAACUAUUUCAUAAUAGAACCAGUUCAAGUUAGCACUCAUCUAUUGGUGUUUGCUAUUAGUGUUAGAAACAGGAAAAAGAGGAUGACGGCAUGCCAAGAAGACCACAUCUGUUCCAUAAAUGAGCAGUGUUGCAGGAAACCUGGGCGUUCCAGGAGUUAGAGUUUAAGCUCUCUUCUGACCACAGUCUUCACAUCUAGAGGCUGAUGUAUCCUCAAAGAAUGUGAAAGUCCUUUGCUUUGCACAUGGUAUAAUCUUUAUAAUAUUCUAAUGCACUAUCAUAUGAAGACGAUGUGAUAGAAAUGCAGACCACACAGGCUAUUCUAGGAUUCAGGCCAUUAUAUUUAUUUUAUAACAUCAGCAUCCAAAAUAUAGCUGAGUGCAAAGGCUACCCUCUUUGGCAAAGGGAGGUACUGAAAACCUUUAGACUUGAAGCAGAGGGAAGCUUAGCCAGGCUGGACCCAGGCCAGAAAAGCCUUUUGAUUAUUUCAGUAUAUGUCAGAAAUGAAUCCAGUUACUGGCAUCACAGAGCUAAGCAUAAAGACUGAUGAUAUGGAUGUUUCAGAGUGCCAUUAAAUCAAACCAUCAAACCAGCUGCCUCUUUGCUAGGGCUAUGAGCCUCAUCUCCCAGGCUGGAAUACUGUCAGGUGUAAUUGUCUACAGAUGAGAGACAUCUAUGCAGCACAAAGCAGACAAAAAGUAAAUGACAUGAGGGCACUUGAUCAGUUUUCUUCAUAUUUGAUAUUCAGGACUUCAUCUGUCUAGCAGACAACCAGAAUGCAAAUGCUUUCACAGUAGAUAACGACAAAGUUCCACCAAAGUUUGUGGUGGCAAAAUGAGCUGAGAUAUCAGGGCAGACAAAUCCUGAGCCACACACAGGCUGGUGGCUUAUUUGCUAAGCUCUGCUCCCCUCUGUCCAACAGUCCCAAACUUUCCUCUUAAUAGAUUAAACUUUACUGCAGAAUUGCUACCCAUGCCUAUAUUCCAAUGUGCCAUAGGUGUGUUACAGUGCUGACUUAGGGCUUUUGAUGCUUUAUUCAGCUUAUUCCUCAAAUGUGCUGUGGGAAAAUAGCUCCGCUGCAAUAUUCAUACUGGAAGGUGCCCUAUCCAGGCUUCAAAACACUAUAAAAUGUCCCAUGGCCAUUCAUGAUGCUCAGGAUUCAGCACCUUCAUCAGGAUCAGUGAAGCACUGUGCUAAAAUGGUUUGAAUCUCAGCUACAGCCAGUCACCAGUGCCACUGAGUCAGUCAGAUAAUGAGAUCCUGCUCCAUUUUUAUUUGCUCUUUAUCAUUUAAUCUUUAUGCUGCAUAUUCCCCUGCCUUUACUGACCAGAGAUACUCUGCAAAAUCUCAUCUAGGCAAAUAGACAAAGGACACACUGAGUGGUCUAAUGAGCCCCCACCCUUAUGAAGGAAGGAAGAGCUGGCAGCAAUGCAUCCUCCCAUUCUGUCCUCCUCGAGGCUGCUGCAAGCUCUGGAGUUUUCAGGGUCAUCUUCCUCAUUUCCUUCAUCAUUGACCUCUGGGCAUCUCUGAGCAUAUCGCUUCUAAAUCCAGAUCAGGCACAGCAAGCAAGGCUCGCUUCUGACAGCAUGACUUAAAGCAGGCAGAAUUUGUUCCAGCUCAUCAGACUUCUGAGUGCAUCAGCUUGAGCUUUGUUGAUAAAAAGUGAACAGAAGGAUUACUCAGUAAAAAUCCAGGGAGUGAAUUGGAUCUCAGGGGCGUGAAAAUACUUGUUCUAUGAACUAUGCAUGUCUUUGAUAAGGAUGUUUAGUGAGUGGUGGCCUGUUGAGACAGCCUGCUAUAGGCCAUCAAGGUUGUGCUGAGUCAGUGUCAUCCUGAAUAACAAUGUUAACCAGAAAGGAGAAAAGAUCACUGUCGUUUGUCAUCGUUUGUGCUUUUUCUGAUCCCCUGAUAUGAAUAGCAUGACGUCAUUUCUAACAUUUCUGUUACACAACAAACGCCAAGGUUUGAAAGCACAUCUCUCUUCCCUAGAUUAACUGGGGUAGAGAGAUGUGGCGUUUAUUUAAUUUGACGAAUGCUUGUCUUUAUCAUUAAGUCAGUUCUUUAUUUUCAGCAGUCUCCUGUGUUCUGGUUCAAUUAAUACCCUGUAUGUCUAUCUGUCUCGCUCCAAUUUAUCAGAGGAAGAGGAGGUUCUUUGAUGUGUGUAUACCCGGCAUGAGAUUAAGAAACGAUGGUUCAAAUGUUGGUCCGAC